GGGACACGUCACCACAGCUGCAGACGGCUCGGACCCGGACGCUGCUGCAGCUUCGCUUCACUCACAUUUCCACCAUGGAGACUUUAUACAGUUUACCCUUCACUGUGCUGGAAUGUCCCAACAUCAAGCUGAAGAAGCCGUCGUGGCUGCACAUGCCGUCCGCUAUGACCGUGUACGCCGUGGUUAUUGUGUCCUACUUUCUCAUCACUGGAGGUAUCAUCUACGACGUUAUUGUUGAACCACCAAGCGUGGGUUCAAUGACGGAUGAGCAUGGACACCAGCGGCCUGUCGCCUUCUUGGCCUACAGAGUGAACGGUCAGUACAUCAUGGAGGGACUGGCCUCCAGCUUCCUCUUCACGAUGGGAGGCCUGGGAUUUAUAAUCCUGGACCGCUCCAACGCUCCCAACAUUCCCAAACUCAACCGCUUCCUGCUGCUCUUCAUCGGCUUCGUCAGCGUCCUCCUCAGCUUCUUCAUGGCCAGAGUGUUCAUGCGGAUGAAGCUGCCAGGAUACCUGAUGGGCUGAAUAUACCGCACAAUUCAGCAGACACAUGUGGAUGGGCUGAGGACAUUCAUUAUGUGGAGAGUCUACAUGCAGUUCAUGUAAAAUGAUGGAUCCAGAUUACCUUUCUAACCAUAAACAUUAUGGACUGAAAGCACUGAACCUGCCCAAGAAAUUAUCCCAGACUGCUCUGACUGUGUCUCUGUCUCUUCACUGCUCGGCUUCCUCCUUUCUUUGCUAUCCUCAUUAUUUCCCACGCAAGUUGGUACAACAGCAUAUAAAAUGUGCCUCAGUAGAGUGAAGAAAGGAGGAUAGUGAGCACCGGCGGGACAGGAGCACACAGGAAUCAGGAUUGGCACUGUAUUGAUUGUUUAGAUCGGUGUCUGGAUGAUGUUUCGGUCGUAUUUUUUUUUUUUUUUUUGUAUGAAAACGAAAACAUGAAAAUAGAUUUGAACCUGUUUGUUUUGUACAGGGUUGUGAAAUAAAUCCUCCCUUUCUCACUUU